GCCGCGCUUUGAUAUUCAGGAGCGUAUGGAGAAAAAAGGCCUCUGAAUUUGAAAAGAAGACGGGAGUUAUAAUUUAUUUUCUCAUUUAAAAAGUAAAAGGUUAAAUGUCUUUUAUACAGUGUGAAAAAUUUUAAAUAUACAUAGCAGAAUGAUGCACUGUGUAAGAACGUUUACUUUCAAAAAGAAGAUACCGUUAGCGUUGACAUUAAAAUAUAUCACAGAAUGCAAGCUGGUUGAUAAUAGUGGCAUCAACUUUUUAAUUAGACCUCAAUCUUGUCAUUUUUAUAAGAAUGUACAUACAUCUAAGAGUUUAAUUAAACCAAUAAGUCAAAUUGGAAUAAUUAAAACAUUGUCACAUAAGCUUGAUCUUUUUAAAGAAAAAACCCAUUUAAAUGAAUUGGGUUACGAUUUAUAUGGCGACAUUCCUGAUGGACUCGAUUAUUCGAUAUUUUACAAAGGUUUCAAUAUGCCAGAUAUUUUUAUCUCUUGGUUCCUAGUCACAGAAUUGCAUGUUUGGAUGUUAAUGGUACGAUUCAUGGCUGAAGGAGAGAAGGGCAAAUUAGUUAUGAGCAAAAUGGUCGAAGCUAUGUGGCAUGAUGUUCUUAUAAGAGUAGAAUUACUUGGUCCAAUGACUGCAAGAACAAAAAAAAGACAAGUAGCGGAAUUAUCAUAUCAGUUUAAUGCAGCUAUAGUUGGUUAUGAUGAAGGGAUCAUGUCAGAUGACAAGGUAUUAGCUAGUGCAUUAUGGAGAAGGUUCUUUUGCUUAGAAUGUAACAAUCCAGAACAUCUAGAAAAACUUCUAAUUUAUGUUAGAAAACAGAUUAAUAUGCUCGAUAAAAUUCCAUCAGAAAAAGUUUUUGAUAGAUCAAUGGCAAAAUGGGUAGAUCUGUAAGGCGCCAAAUGAAGCUCAUUAAUACUAUUAAGAAUUUGUAAAUUUUAAUUAGGUAAAAUUCAUAUUACAAAUAUAUUAAACUUACAAUAUAGCAAAA